UUUAGUUUCACUUUCUCUUAGCUAUUAGAACAGAUCACUUCAAGUCACAACUGCAAUACAGUUGACAGAAAAUAAUCCCAUAACUGCAGGAUACAUGUUGGAACGGAAAGUGGCACACAAGAUGAAGUACUUCACAGUUGAGACUGGAAAUACUUUGGAUUCUCAUAUUCAGUUUAUGAGACAAUUCAACAACACCACAAGAUGUUUUACGGAAGUGAAGUCGCCAGUGGAGAGUGAUGUCAUCAUGGCUUUCUGUCCCAUCGUCUCCCGCGUCGGGACUGAUAUUGAAGCAGCACUGCAACAGAUUCCAACUGGUAAAGAUGUCAUUCUGGUAGUGCUGCAUCACACCUUCAACCCAGACUACACUGUACCUGACAGCAGCAGACUAGUGACCAGAAGUGAUGUAAUACUCACAGUGGACUGUCUGUUCUAUGAGAAACUGGGAGGACUCCUGAACUGUCCUCGUAAUGAUGCAGCAGUCUGCGCGAUUCUGAAGAGGCUGAACAUACAGCCAAAGAUUGGAGCUGAAGAAUGGAUCAGUAUCCCUGAACAGGGUAACAUGCUGACCAGAAGUCAUGGCUUUCUAGUUAGGAUUCAAAACAUUGUCAUGUGUUCAGUGUCUUCAGUCUACAACUACAUUUUCAUUCACAAUACACGUCCCUCUACAAGACCUCGUUCUGACAGUCUAUCUGUGACUUGGAGCAAUAUAAUGUGCACAGUGUCUACAGUCUACAACUACGUCUGUACAUGGCUUUCAUAUGUGAAGCGGCGCUUCUUGGACAAUAAUUAGGUUCCAGUAGGUUCAAAAUAGGUUAUCCAUGUCCCUCUUCAAGACCUCGUUCCAGAAGUGAUGAAAGCAGUUCCACUUUUGUACCAACAAUGAAGACAUGUUAAUUGUUUUUAUGGAUUACAUCUUUAAUUUCAUGGCCUACUUAAGAAAAUGUCUUUACUUUUGAUGUUAAGAGCACUUGCAGUUGUAAUGUAUAGAAAUUGUGGCCGAUAUUAAAAAUGUUAAUAAAAAUGAAUGGAAAAUAAUAAAGAA